AUGGCUAAAGAAAAUCAUUCGUACAGAUCAACGCUCCCAGUGCGUGGACACUCCGAGGUGAAUCUUUGCUCGGUUAUUUCACUGGGCAAGGACCUCAGUAAGAUCGUGAUGCCAGUCACCUUUAAUGAGCCUCUUUCAUUCCUUCAAAGAGUCGCUGAGUAUAUGGAGUACGCUAAACUGCUUAAAUUAGCGGCUGCUGAAGAAACACCUCUGAAAAGACUUGAAUACGUCUCUGCUUUUGCUGUAAGUGCUCUUGCCUCUAAUUGGGAACGACUUGGUAAACCUUUUAAUCCAUUACUCGGCGAAACUUAUGAACUGGAACGAGAAGACUUCAGGAUUUUAUGUGAACAAGUGUCACAUCAUCCACCAGUCUCAGCAUUCCACGCGGACAGCGACGACUUUAUUUUCCAUGGAAGCAUACACCCGAAGCUUAAAUUUUGGGGAAAAAAUAUUGAAAUCCAUCCAAAGGGCAUUGUAACAGUUGAAUUGCCCAAAUGGAAAGAGGCCUACACUUGGCAAAAUGUCAACUGUAUUCUACACAACGUAGUGGUUGGACAAUUGUGGAUGGAACAACUGGGUGCCUUGGAAAUAAAGCAACACGGUGGAGCUAAUCUCAAAGCCACAUUAUCAUUCAAGAGCGCUGGUUCUAGUGGCAAAGAUUUACAUCGCGUUGAGGGCUUCAUCACCGACUCUGAAAAAAAACGAUUAGUUUUCUUGUACGGAAAAUGGACGGAAAAAUUACGCGCGUGCGAACCGAACUUGUACGACGAAACGCUGGAGAGGAUAAAACGUGAAGCUAAAAGUCCAAUAGGUAGUCCAGGUCAUAAAAAAGUUCUUGCUAAGCUCAAUAGUUUGACAAUAGGCGCUUUCAAGCCGUCGCAUCAGGACGCUAUUGACGAGUCAACUGACGGCGAAGACUGUCUUCCAAAGAUAUGUCCAACUGACUCAAGGUUGAGGCCAGACAUCCGAAAACUGGAAAACGGAGACCAGGAUGGCGCGGCUGCUGAGAAAGUGAGACUCGAAGAGAAGCAGCGGGAUAGCAAGAAGUCUAAAAAGCACAAAAAAGCUCCAGAACCGGAACCCAGGUGGUUCCAAUCAGGAGUGAACACCUAUACUGGUUUAGAUGACUGGCUGUAUCGCGGCGGGUACUGGGACCGCAAAUUUUCAGACAUCGAAGAUAUUUUUUAG